AUGGGUUUACUUAAAAGCUUAAAGUUCUAUACUAAGUCAUUGGUAUUUGGAUUAUUGAUUAUAUUAUGUGCUUCCUAUGGUGUGGUGGCUUCAAUAAUCUUAAGACUCGUAGGAAAACCUCAGUACAGUCAAUAUACUGUCGCUAGAGCAUUCUACUAUUCUUUCUCCUCCAUCUUGGGGAUUAAGAUCAAAAUCAAUAACGAGAAGUAUUUGAAGGAAAGUAAACCUGGAAUGUUCAUUUCCAAUCAUCAAAGUGCUUUGGAUAUCCUUGUAUUAGGUAAAGUGUUUCAUCCAGGGUUUACUGUCACUGCUAAGAAAGUAUUGAAAUAUUUCCCCUUUUUAGGUUGGUUCAUGAUUGCUAGUGGGACCUUUUUCAUCGAUAGAAGUCGUGGGGAGAAGGCUAGAAAGGUUUUGGAUCAAGCAUUAAAAUCAGUAAAGAAAAGUAAGGCGGGUUUAUUCAUGUUCCCUGAAGGAACUAGAUCUGCUACCACCAAUUUAGAGAUGUUAUCAUUCAAAAAAGGUGCUUUCCAUUUAGCUCAACAAGCUAAGAUUCCUAUCAUUCCUAUCGUUGUUUCUAAUUAUUCAAAUAUCUUCCAUUCGGCUUCUAGAACCUUCAAUACUGGUGAAAUCAUUAUCGAUGUUUUACCACCAGUUUCCACCACUGAUAUCGAAACCAAGGAGGAAGUAGACCAAUUGGUCAUUGAUGUUAGAACGUCAAUGGUUGAACAAUUGAAAAAGUUGGGAUAUAGUAAGAUUAACGGAGAAAAAAAAAAGCCUGAAUCGGUAUCACCAAAAAUCAAAUCACCUGAACCAAUCGCUGAUUCUGAUAAGGAUGAUGAUGUAGAGGUAGAGAUUGUUGAUGAACAGUCACCGCUAGUUAAGUAG